AUGCAGGAGACAAGCACCUUCAAUCCUGCUGACUACGAUUACACGAAGACUGGUGAUUCUACUAACUAUUCUGCCUUCAACCUCAACCGCGAUAUGAUGGUUCGUCUCGGCAUUCAACCUACUAACGCCUUCAACACAUGGUCUGGUGUUGACAGUGUUGCUGCUGCUGCCAAAACGAUGAUCACGAACUAUGGUGUUAACGGUUUUCUCAACUACCUACGUGGUGGCUAUACCGCUUGGCAGGAUGGUCAUAGUUACGACGCAGCUGGUUACAGAAAUGCGAUUGCUUCUAUUGUACGUUAUAUAGAGAAUGAUCUUUCACUUCUCACUGAUGAUAGACGAGUUGAAAUGUACACUAUUCAUCAGCGUUAA